AUGGUGCGCCUUCUGAAUAUCGCUGCCAUCUUCUUCGCUGGUUUUGUUACUGUCCAAGGAUGCACUCAUUGCCAGUGCUUGUACAAUGAUGGCUCUCACUGCUGCGUUCAGGAGUUACCCUCGGGGGCCGAGGCUGACUGUCACGCCCUCUGUGCUAAGGCGCAGCAGGCAGGCCCUAAUCAGUUUCAGCCUGGACCUUCUUGCAACGGUGGUGGCAAGAACACUUGCGUUAGUACCUGGAACGCCCAUGGCCGGAAAAAGUGCUAUGGAUAUCCCAGCUAG